AUGAGUGAGUUUCAAGAGAGUGCUCAGUUCCUAGCUGGGCCUGACCUGCCAAAGCAAGUAUUGAGCGGGCUGUUCAACAAGUCAGAGCUACCGUCAUCGUACGUGGGCCUCAUCAACCUGACACCCUACGACACCUGGGUCGAACAAACAUGCCUCAGGUGGGAGGCAAACAAUGACAUCAAGAUUCGUAGCCUCUCAGUCAGCAAGAACAUCACCACCAUCGAAUACUGUCAACGGGUUCUUGCCAUCAAGCUCCUAGAGGACUGUGCACGUUUCCAUUCUAUGGGAAAAGAUGUCCCGGUCUACCAGAAACAUGCCCCAGAGCUCCCUGAGGUUGACCUGACCAAAUUCCCUAUGCAGGUCGUUCGAGUUGAGCGCCCAGCUCAUGCCCAAGGAUGGAAGAACCUCAAGAUUUCCUUGGGCCAGGACUUCCGUAUGCUCUACUACGAUGAUGUGGUGUUUGGGGCAGAAUGGAAAGAACUCAUCAGCGACUUCGACACCAGGUUUCAGAGUCACCUUAUUCCCGAGACGCUGUCGCAUUCCCACGCUGCUGAUGCCAUCGUGGAGGAGGACCCAGGCCUGCCGGCUUGGGAUGAACCGACGAACGUCCAAGAUCUCACAGACAGGCCAGACUCAAGUACCCAGGGUGCCAAGGUUUCUGACCCUGGCAAAGCGGUCAGAGUGGGUCAAAGUAUGCCGGAGGGAAAGGCUCGUUUGCCAAUGACAUCUGCAGAAAGGACUGACGCCAAUGAUCCUCGCUUGACGCCUCAACGUGUGGCUGAGUUGAGCCAAAUGGUUGAAGAAUCCAAGCGAGCAAAGGAUGUUGCCAGAAAGCUCAAACUGAGUCCAGAAGGAGGUAAGCCCAGUGAGGAAUCAAAGAAGGCUGAAGCAGAAGGGAGAAGCAAGACAGAAGUCACGAAAGGCAAGGAAGGCAGAAGCGGACAGGCAGAAGGCAAGACAGGCAAUGAGAAGGAAGAAAAACCUCCGCCGAAGAUUGGCGUGAAGCGACUCUUCCCUGAGCGUUCAACAAAGAACAACAAAAUCAAGAAAGAAGCGGAGGAUGAAGAGGAGGAGGAAGAUUCCUUGGACUCAGAUGAAGAAGAACCCUCGAAGAAAAGAAAAAACACAAGGAAGGCCAAGGAAGAAAAGAAGAAGGAAAAAAGAAGCCAUGAAGGAGGAGAAACGCAUUGCCAAAGAGCAGGAAAAGGAAGCAAGAAAAAAGGAGAAGGAAUUGGAGAGGGAAAACAAGAAGAAGGAGAAGGAAUUGGAGAGGGAAAACAAGAGGAAGCGGAGAAGGGCAAGAAGAAGCAAGAAAAGGCAGAGAUGAAGAAUGAGAACAAGAAGGACAAAGAGUCUGCCAAGAAGGCAAAGAAGACGGGAAAGGCAAAGACAGCAGAGGAAGAGCCAGGGAAGGAGACUGCUGAGGCAAAGAAAGAACGAAGACGUGCUGCAAUAGCCAAGUUGAAGGCUUUCUCAAAGCGCUCAAAGCCUAGUUCAAGCAAAGCCAAGGAGGACAAGGAGCAGGAAGAGAUCCCAAAUACUCAGCCCUCGCAGGAGGAUGAGGAUGCUGUGCUGGACCCAGAGAGCCCAGACUCCUCACCCGCCAACUCUGAAGACACCCUUUGGUUGGACCCUAGCCCGAAGACAAGGAGGAAGGUAGAGAAGCAGCAGCUGAAAUCCAAAAAACCCAAGGAACCCAAUCCUGGCCUCAGGGCUGUCUACCAGCAACACUUGAAAGAGGCGAUGGCCAGGAUCAAGGAGGAGCACCCUGAUUGGAAGCCUCUAGAGGUUCUCACUGAAGCACGUGCACAGUUCGCAGUCUCGUCAAUCCGGGUUCGAGGGACCAAGAGCUGUGUGGAGUUGCAGCGCGUCUUUGAGCCUGUCGACGGAGGAGACGACCGCGCCUGCCGCGGAGACUCGGCCACGGACAACUCCGCCGAGUACUACCAGGUCAAGCCCAAUGUAAAGCCACCAGCGGAUGUGAAGGCGAAGACCGGAUCUUGUGACGGCCUCGAGUUCAAGGGCGUCCGCUGCGAGAUCUGGACCCGACCCAUCCGUGCCUCCAAGCGCCUCAGCGGCUACACCUGCCUCCGUUACGUCGAUCCUGAAAGCCUCCGCCACGGCAGCUUCGAGCCCGUCGAUGGGGCGACGGGCCGCGCCUGCCGUGGGCGGCACGCCAACGACAACUCACCUGCCGACUGUCGACCUCCAGGCUUGUCGCUGGAGGGCUGCCAGCGGAUGUGCCAGUCAGAAGCGGAGUGUGUGGGCGUUGAACAUCAUGAAGGCGGCCGUUGUGAGCUCUGGACCCGCGCGGGAGGGAUUCAAGCCAGCGCCGCCAAGCCAGGAUACAGCUGCUGGCGCUUCCUGGAGGAGGGUGUCGCUCCUCCGACGCUUCGGCCCGGUCGCUUUGAGCCGGUGGACAGCGGCACGGGCCGCGUGUGCCGCGGCGCUGGCGGCUCGGCUGGGGGCGGAGGGACUGGAAGGUGUUAG